UCUUCGAUCCGUUCUGUCGGAAAGGGUGGAAGAAAAGGUGGUUUUCUUUGUGGCGCCCAAGUAAUUUGCUAGCUUCUGGAACCGGGACAGCAUGCAGGGCUCAAAGAAACUAGUGAACACAAUUCUGAGUUGUGCAGAUGAUUCAUUGGCUGGAAUAGUGGCUUGCAAUCCUAAUCUUCAACUCCUAUGUGGACAUAGAGUGGCACUACGUUCUGACUUAGAGAAUAUAGAGGGCAAAGUUGCACUUAUUUCUGGAGGUGGAUCAGGGCAUGAACCUGCACAUGCAGGAUACAUUGGAAGGGGAAUGCUCACUGCAGUGGUCGCUGGUCCAGUAUUCACUUCCCCUGCAGUGGGUAGCAUUUUAGCAGCAAUUAAGUCUGUGAAACAAGCUGGAGCAGUUGGGAUACUGCUAAUAGUGAAGAACUAUACAGGAGACCGCCUGAAUUUUGGGCUGGCAUUGGAACAGGCACAGGCAGAAGGGACCUCUGUGCAGAUGGUGAUAAUCGGUGAUGACACUGCCUUUGCCACAAAGAAGAAGGCUGGCAGGAGAGGGCUAUGUGGUACAGUGCUCAUACAUAAGGUGGCUGGAGCAUUGGCUGAGGCAGGUGUUGGUCUGAAUGAAAUUGUUCGUAGAAUUACUGCUGUUGCAGGAGCAAUGGGCACUCUUGGGGUAAGUCUGUCCCCCUGCAGUGUCCCAGGAUCUAGACCCACCUUCCAGCUUGCAGAUGAUGAAUUUGAGUUAGGAUUAGGAAUCCAUGGUGAAGCAGGUGUGCGCAGAAUGAAGAUGGCAUCUGCAGAUCAGAUAGUCAAAAUAAUGCUGGAUCACAUGACCAACCCUUCCAAUGACUCGUGUGUCCAACUCAGGCCUGGUGCUUCUGUGGUCUUGGUAGUGAACAACCUGGGUGGAUUAUCCUAUCUUGAGUUGAAUAUAGUAGCUGGAUCUGCUGUGCAUUGUCUUGAGAGCAGAGGUAUUCAUAUUGCCCGGACUUUGGUUGGCUCCUUUAUGACUGCACUGGAAAUGGCAGGUGUCUCCCUUACCAUUCUACAGGUGGAUGAAGAACUCUUGACCCUCCUUGAUUCAGAUACUACAGCUAUUGCCUGGUCAAAACCUGUCAGGAUGUCUGUGACAGGACAGAAAAGAGAGAGGGUAGUACCCAAAGAGAAACCUAAGGAAGAAGGGCCUGACCCAGCAAGAGUGCCAACCUCUCCUUACACGAGACUGGUUCUAGAGUGUGUGUGCUCUAAAAUGCUUAGCCUACAGGAGCAACUCAAUGAACUUGAUCGUGCUGCAGGCGAUGGAGAUUGUGGCAACACACAUGCACGGGCUGCCAUAGCCAUCCAGAAUUGGCUAGAUGCUAGACCUCUGCCUGAGCACCCUUAUCAACUGUUCUCUUCCCUAGCCAUGUUGCUGCUGGAAAAGAUGGGAGGGUCUUCAGGGGCGCUGUAUGGAUUAUUUCUGACAGCAGCUGCUCAACCUCUACGGACUGAUGAUGACUUAGCAGCCUGGUCCUUAGCUAUGGAUGCUGGUAUUAAUGCUAUGAUGCAGUAUGGAGGAGCUGCACCUGGAGACAGAACUAUGGUAAGAAAUUUAUCCUAGUUUGUCUUUAAGUUCCUUCCCUUAGUGCCAUGAUGGCAGUUUGAAGUAAGAGUGUAAUAGCCACAUUUUCCUUGCUUUAUUCACUAUCACUACUUGCAGAUACUUCAUAUAAUAGUAUAUGUGAAGUACUUAAUGUUUUGUUGUUGUUGUUUAGUCGUUAAGUCGUGUCCGACUCUCCG